GUAACUUUGUAAGAGCCGUGACUUAAAUGAGCAGUUUUGUCUAUAAAGGAGAGGAAGAAAGGAAAGCUACCUAAGGAUCUAAUGGAUAUUUUUGCUGAAGUCGAGUCAUAUUUUUUCCAACAAAUUUGGCUGCUGCUCAUGUAGGCCAAUACACCAGCUUGUAUCAACCAGUCAGUCCAAGGAAGUUAAUCCUUGGUCAUCCUUGGUUAAAAUUCAUUGGGUCAGUCAGUGCCAACCCAUGGCAGACAACACAGGAAGCCCAGUGGCCGUGAAGGUGGAGGAGCAUUCUCAGAGCGUCAUCUUCACUUACUUCCAGGGUGACAUAGGCAGCAUGGUAGACGCUCACUUCAGCCGCGCUCUCAGCAAAAACUGUAAGGCCAAGGCUCUGGCAGUGAAGAGCAAGAAAAGCCGCAAGCCUGUAAAAUUGGAGGAAUCAAACUCCUGUCAGUGGAGUCCUCCUGCCUCCUCCUCCUCCUCCUCUUACUCACAGCCACAGGUCCAGCCCAUCGCCAGACAUCUCCAGCUGAGCGGCACCAAAGAACCCCACUGCAGCCUAACCUUCAGCCCUGCAGAUGACUCUCCUGUCUCGUGGCACCCAUUCCCUGCCAGACAAGUAGGAGGCCCGGGGUUGCCCCCCAUCAGUUAUUCCCUGUCCCCCGAGGGCUUAGGUCUCACUGGACAGCAAUAUGCCACAUCCUUGCUCAACCUGCUGCAUAGUGACAGGACUGAUAUGGCACCCAGCAUGGCCACUGGGUCCAAGUCAGAGCUCCUCCCCAGCUGGACCUCGCCUCACGGAUUCAGGGACCCUGUGGACCCGGCUGUGGGCUUUGAAUCCGGACAAAAUCUGGAAAAGAAGGACCUGUACUGGUAUUGAAGAUAGAGUUGCUGCUGGGAGCAGAGCAGUGGAAUGACUUCAGCAACACGGUGUACUUGCAGCUAAAGCCACCUGGCUUUUUGCUCUCUCCUGUAGCUGUCAGACGGUUUCUUGCCAAACAGGCCGCUAUACAGACAUAAAAGCUCCUCCAUUUUCUCUCCAUUUCUCAAUCAAAUGACUUCAGUACCUCAGCAUGUAACAGCUUUAACAACCUUCCAGAGGGGGAACAUUCACUGACAAACCUGUUCUUCCACUGUCUCAUUACUCAUGUAGACCUCAGAGCACUGCCUACAGCAGCAGUUAAAGGAAGGGCAUUUUUUCUUGUGCCUCCAGUUGGCACUUCUCUUGGUACACCAGUAAUUAAGCCAGUAUUAAGUUGAAAUUUAAACCUUGUAAGCUCAUUCAGUACAUAUGAAAAUAAUGCUGUUAAUAUAUAUCUAAGGUUGGUUUGGUUUUAAUUGCUGUGAGAAUAUUUUCAUAUGCGAGUGAACACAAGAAAUCUAAAGUGAUACAUGUCAAUGACUUUGUUUUCUGUUACCAUGACCUUGAAUAAUUAUUACCAUGUACAGUCGAAAAAGAUGUUCCAUAUAUAAACUUAAAUAGAGAUAUGAACAGACAGAUAAUGUUUGUGUGCUCAUAUCUCCUUCGGUGUUGAUCUAUGUUAACGGUGUAAUAUAAAGUGUUUGGGAAGUCAGCAUGAAUGGCUUCAAAGUGUGGCUUGUUAAUGUGCAUCAGACAACAAACCAUUCGUGGUGAAUUAAGCAACACUGACACCUGAUGGCCAAGAGUGAGCUGAUGGCUAAAAUGUUAACACUCUAUUUAUAGUGCUGUCAUGUGAAAACCUCCUGAGUUCUAUCUUAUUAGUUUUCGUGUUUUACCAACAGAUUACAGGCCGCAAUGUGAGCUGACAAAAUGAUUCAACUCUUGGGUUUAUCAAACCUUCUCAAGGCCUUCUGGUUGAACAAAAAAUGAGCAAUAGUCAAGCUGAAAACAAAAGUGUUUUUAUUUGCAUAUUGAUGAUGUAUUUGCAUAUUGAAUCAUGUAAACUCAAAUAUUAUAUCAGUUAUCUUGAAUGUUCAUUAAUGACAUUUUCCCAUGCAAAGUGAAGCAUAUCUCCUGCCACAUUCACAUCCAGAUAGAGAUGCAAAUUUGUGGUUGUUUU